AUGUCGAACACUAAACUACAGGAUCUUUACGUCAGACAGCUCUACAUUGGAUGCGACAACAGCGAGUGCAAAAUGUAUUUCUGUAGGAACGACAUGUCUAAGGCAAGUCUGCUGAAAAUAAGCGACAUAUUGGCAAAUUACGGUGAAUAUUUCCUGUGCUCAACGAAUAGGAACAAAGAGUCUGCUAAAAUUAAUUUUAACGGUAAAAGUUGCCCGAUAAUAGAUUUUUACGUUUAUGUUGUGAACCAAACAACGAACAAAAAAUCGAUUCUGCCAGAUUCGCUUUCCAGGCACAACUUUUGUUCGUUUUUCAAGAAAAACAGCUUUAAUGAGGAGGAGAAGAUACUGAUAGAGGGCGUGUUCAGCAUGCUGUUGAACCAAUACGUGAACUACAACGAAAACAUUCUAUCGCACAUAAUUAUACGGUUGAUCUCAGAAAUACUCCUUAAAGUUGAUUUGAAGGACGACGUUUUUGAAAACAUUUCAGAAAUUUUCUUGAACAUCGACAAAUUGUGCAAGGAAUUAGAACUAGACCCAGAGAAACACGCAGUAUUUCCCGGGAGUGAUGGGCAUGGCCAGGGUACCGAAGAGGAAAGCUGCAUGAACUGCCUGUUCAACGAUAUAUUCACAGAACAUGAUCUGAUAAAUCUGAUACAGACAAUCUCAAAGUUUCUUAACAGCAAUGAAUUCGAUACAAUCAGAUCAUCCAAGAAAAUAGAGGAAUUGCUGAACAUCUUUAACAUUCUUUUCUGUAUAAACGAGAGGGUGCGUAUCGUUUCCUUCAGAGAAUUUUAUCUAGAGAAAUUUUGCGAGAGCCAGAAUUUGAAGGAAGAAAUCAGGCUGCACAAGGCCAAUUACAAGGCAAUCGUGAAAUAUCCUUUUAUUUUGCCGCUGCAUCUCAAAGCAGAUUUCAUAAAAUCAGAAAAUAGUGAUAUGAUGAAGAACAAGCUGCAGGAUGCGUUUUUUAGGGCGUUAUUCAUUGGCAAAACAUCGCCGUACUUUUUUAUCACUGUAAAUAGAAACACACUUUACAAGGACGUCUUUAAAAUUUUUUCGAAAACAAAUUUUGAUGACAUCAGGAAAGAAAUUAAGAUCACAUUUAAAGGAGAAGAGGGCGUAGAUUCAGGAGGAAUAACCAAGGAGUUCUUUCAAUUGGUAAGCGAAGAGCUUAUUCACGACAGUUUUCUGUUCACCAUCCAAAACAACCUACUUUGGUUCACAGAGGGUAAAAAGAACAGCAGAUACGAGGUAGUGGGCAGACUGAUAGGUGUAGCGCUUUACAACGACGUGGUGCUGAAUUUGCCUUUUCCCACGUUUCUUUUUAAAAUAUUUUUGAACAAGAAAGUUGAACUGGACGACUUGAUGGAAAUUGAGCCAGAAAUUUGCCACUCACUCAAGAAAAUACUUCAAAUGAACGAUGAGGAGCUAUGUGUUCUUGAGCAGUGUUUCUCCAUCACGAGAAACACCAAGUCGAUCGAACUCAUACCCAGAGGAAAGAACGUAGUGCUCACAGAGAAGAAUAAGGAACUUUUUGUGGAAAAGUAUGUGGAGUAUUUGACUUACUCUGAAAUGAAGGAGAACAUAGAGAACAUCAAAAAGGGAUUUUUCCACGUUAUCAAGUUGAGAACAAUCAGUUUUCUCCAGCCCUGUGAGCUAGAGAAAAUCAUAGUUGGCAGUAACGUCAUAAAUGUACAGCUGCUUAAAAAAACGGCAGUAUAUUCGGGGUUCACCGAGGAUUCUCUCGUUGUCAAGACAUUUUGGAAAAUCUUCGAGGAAUAUUCACUGGAAGACAAGAAGAAGCUGCUGAUGUUUAUUACGGGCAAUGAACGAGUUCCUGUCACAUGUACAGAAAACUGGAAGCUGAUAAUUGUCAGAAACGGCUGCGACACAGACAGGCUGCCAUCUUCACAGACAUGUUUUAACACUUUGCUGUUGCCCGAAUAUUCAUCGGAAGAAAAACUGAGAAACAAACUGGGUAUAGCUAUUUCAAUGACCAAAGGGUUCUUUCUACUUUAAGGAUCAGGUGCGACUGCUUUACCCAUUUGGGAUAACAAACCAUGAAUAAUUGAUUGUUAUACACUCGUGGUGGAAAAUAUCUUUAUUAAAAUGAUCAUUUUAAU